UCUCUCUCAUUCAUUUUCACAACUUCGGGAGCAAAUUUCAACAUCAGUCAUUAAUAUUUUAAAUCUUGCCACAUAAUAUUCUUUUGCUUUCAACUCUUUCAAAUAUGAAUACCAAAAUUAAGACAUUGAAUAAGGCAGUUGGAAAUGGACUGACACCGAUUACCAGAUUAACAACAGAUAUUCCCGGCAAUAAAGUAACACACGACAAGAAGAUCUACAGCUCGAUGUUUGAGAUCUUUGGCCGUGUGCAAGGAGUUUACUUCCGCAAGCACACUUUGAAUAAGGCCAAGGAACUGGGUCUCAAUGGCUGGUGCAUGAAUACACAAAAUGGCACCGUCAAGGGCAUACUCGAGGGACCGCAAGAUCUAAUCUCUGAAAUGAAACUGUGGCUCCAACACAAAGGCAGUCCACGCUCCAUCAUUGAGAAGGCAAUUUUCACGCCAAACGAACCGAUUGCCAACUACAAUUUCCAUUCGUUUACCGUGCGACGUUAGGCGAUAUAUUUUCCCCCAACUGUCUCUGUUUCGAUUUCCCGCUGUGCAAUUAAUUCUAAAUAUACAUAGAACAUAUGUCAGAAGACUAAA